GAAAAAUUAUCACCUUGAAGUUCGCCCUGCAAGACUUCCUGCAGAACUUAUCGCUAAUCACCAUCAGUCAAUGUGGCUUGUUCUGUAGACGACUCAUCCACCGACACAGCAAUUUCCUCCUCCAAGUCUCCAAACUCCAAGCAUUGAGUGGUCUGCGAUACAAUGGCUUCCCAGAAGAUAGCCAUUCUUUCCGUCUAUGACAAAACUGGCCUACUCGAUCUCGCGAAAGGCUUGAUCAAGCAGAAUGUUCGCCUUCUCGCUUCUGGCGGGACGGCGAAAAUGAUCCGCGAGGCUGGGUUCGCCGUUGAAGAUGUCUCCGCCAUCACAAAAGCACCCGAAAUGCUCUCCGGUCGAGUCAAGACCCUUCAUCCGGCCGUCCACGCAGGAAUCUUGGCUAGAGAUCUCGCUUCUGACGAGAAGGAUCUCGCUGACCAGAACAUCAACAAAGUCGACUAUGUCGUCUGCAACUUGUACCCGUUCAAAGACACUGUUGCGAAGAUCAACGUGACUAUCCCUGAAGCCGUGGAAGAAAUCGAUAUUGGAGGGGUCACCCUGAUCAGAGCAGCAGCCAAGAACCAUGCUAGGGUUACUAUUCUGAGCGACCCCGAAGACUAUCACCACUUUCUUCAGGAACUGGACAAAGGCGACAUCCCUGAGGAGAGUCGCCAGAGAUAUGCUCUGAAAGCUUUCGAACACACCGCUGAUUAUGACGCUGCCAUUUCUGACUUCUUCCGCAAACAAUAUGCCGGGAAUGGUGUGCAACAGCUCUCUCUUCGAUAUGGCGCCAACCCUCAUCAAAAGCCCGCCGCUGCAUUUGUGCGCAACGGGAAGCUGCCUUUCAAAGUUUUAGGUGGCUCGCCGGGUUACAUCAAUCUUCUUGACUGUCUAAAUGCCUGGCCCCUUGUGAAAGAACUCAAGCAAGCACUCGGGCUUCCAGCUGCUGCAAGUUUUAAACAUGUCUCUCCUGCCGGCGCCGCUAUUGCGGUACCGUUGAAUGAAAAGGAGCGACGAGUCUACAUGGUCGACGACAUCGAAGGGAUCGAGAUUUCGGGUCUAGCGCAGGCAUACGCUCGAGCGCGGGGUGCGGAUCGAAUGUCGAGCUUCGGCGACGUGAUUGCUCUGUCCGACAAAUGCGACGUCCCCACCGCGAGGAUCAUCUCCCGAGAAGUUUCCGAUGGAGUCAUUGCGCCGGAGUAUGAGCCAGCAGCCCUUGAGAUUCUCAAGAAGAAGAAAGGGGGUAAAUAUCUGGUCCUCCAAAUGGACGAGAGCUAUGAGCCUCCCGCACAAGAAACACGUACCGUGUACGGUGUCCAACUAACGCAAGGACGAAAUGACGUGAAAAUCUCGCCCAACGAGACAUUCGACUCCGUUAUCCGGCCGAAAGAUUCUCCAAAGCUCUCGGACUCGGCGCUGCGCGACCUUACUGUGGCGACCAUCGCGGUGAAAUACACCCAGUCAAACUCUGUCUGCUACGCGUUGAACGGUCAAGUUAUUGGUCUCGGUGCUGGGCAGCAGAGUCGCAUUCACUGCACGAGACUAGCAGGCGACAAGGCCGAUAACUGGUGGAUGCGGUUUCAUGAACGCACACUGUCGAUAGCAUGGGCCAAGGGGGUCAAGCGGUCGGAAAAAUCCAAUGCCAUUGACAUGCUGUGCUCGGGCCAAGUGCCUCCCCAGAGCGAGUUCGAAACGAAAGAUUAUGAGAGCAAUUUUGCAGAAGGGUGUGUGCCGAAGCCCUUCUCUCCUGAGGAGAGACGGCAAUGGUUGGGCAAACUCGGCGAGGUGGCGGUUUCAAGUGAUGCCUUUUUCCCAUUCGUGGACAACGUAUACCGAGCCGCGCGAAGUGGCGUGAAAUACAUUGCUGCCCCGACCGGCUCGCAGAACGAUGGCGCUGUAUUUGACACAGCAGAGAACCUGGGGAUAACGUUCAUUGAGCAGAGCACGAGACUGUUUCACCACUGAAACCUUUUUCGGCCCAACAGUGAGAAACAGUGGUGGGGAGAUUCAGAACGAGUGAUUUGACGGGGGAGACGGAUAUUGGCCUCAACGCCAUGUGACGACGACGACGCAGUACGACCUACAUGUCGAAGGAGAUGCUUCAGUGCGGAAGAUCUCAACUGAUGAUGGAUACCCCCUCAAAAAGCCAUAGACACGCAUGAACAAUUCCAAUUGACACCGAAUCUCUUGGAACCCCGCCGGUCAGCCCUGACAUGAUAUCAAUAUGCGUCCUCGUCACAAAGACAAUCCUCUAAUCCUCUUAUGGUAGUUGGGUAGCCGUUCAAAUUCGCUUACCGGUGCUUGCUCCGACGUCCGCCAUCCUGUCAAAUCGUGA